UAAGAGGGACGGUGCGGGCACGGAAGCAGGGAUGUGGGGGCUGAAAAGUGAAGGGCGGGUGGUGGGUAUCACGCUGCUGCUGCUGCUGCUGCUGGCAUCUGCGGCCCAGGCAGUGGCCCAGCGCCGCUACACCGCGAACUGGCAGAGCCUGGACUCGCGGCCACUGCCGGGAUGGUUUGACGAGGCCAAGUUCGGGGUGUUUGUGCACUGGGGGGUGUUCUCGGUGCCCGCCUGGGGCAGCGAGUGGUUCUGGUGGCACUGGCAGGGCGAACGGAAUCCAGCCUAUGAGAGCUUUAUGAGAAAAAACUACCCGCCCGGCUUCAGCUACGCCGACUUCGGACCGCAGUUCACGGCGCGCUUCUUCCACCCGGACCAGUGGGCCGAACUCUUCCAGGCUGCCGGGGCCAAGUAUGUGGUCCUGACCACAAAGCAUCAUGAAGGCUUCACAAACUGGCCAAGUCCUGUGUCUUGGAACUGGAACUCAAAGGACGUGGGGCCCCAUCGUGAUUUGGUUGGUGAGUUGGGAGCUGCUGUUCGGAAGAGGAACUUACGCUAUGGCCUCUACCACUCACUCUUGGAAUGGUUCCAUCCACUCUACCUGCUUGAUAAGAAGAACAGCUUCAAAACUCAGCAUUUUGUCAGCGCGAAAACAAUGCCAGAGCUGUAUGACCUUGUUAACAGCUACAAACCCGACCUGAUCUGGUCUGAUGGGGAGUGGGAGUGUCCUGAUACUUACUGGAACUCCACAGCUUUCCUUGCCUGGCUCUAUAAUGAUAGCCCUGUCAAGGAUCAGGUGGUAGUGAAUGACCGGUGGGGUCAGAACUGCUCCUGUCAUCACGGAGGCUACUACAACUGUCAAGAUAAAUACACCCCACACAGCUUGCCAAGGCACAAGUGGGAGAUGUGCACCAGCGUGGACAGGUCGUCCUGGGGCUAUCGGCGUGACAUGACCUUGUCUACCAUUGCCAGUGAAAAUGAAAUCAUUGAGGAAUUGGUUCAGACAGUAAGUCUGGGAGGCAACUAUCUUCUCAACAUUGGACCAACUAAGGAUGGACUGAUCGUUCCCAUCUUCCAAGAAAGACUUCUUGCUGUGGGCAAGUGGCUGCAGAUCAAUGGGGAGGCCAUCUAUGCCUCUAAACCCUGGAGAGUGCAGUCCGAAAAGAACGUGACAAUUGUGUGGUACACUGCUAAAGACUCAGCAGUUUAUGCUACUUUUCUGCACUGGCCAGAAAAUGGAAUCAUAAACCUUAAAUCCCCCCAAACGACCUCGACCACAAAGAUAACGAUGCUAGGACUGGAGGGAGAUUUGACCUGGACCCGGGAUCCGCAGGAGGGGGUCCUCAUCUCUCUGCCCUCGUUGCCACCCAGUGCUCUUUCCGUGCAGUAUGCCUGGACUCUAAAGCUGACAAAAGUGAAGUGAUUGUUGUUCGAGAGCAGAUGGCCUGUGCACGGCUUUGCCUUUCUCUUACAGGACCGUCAGUGCAAUAAAGUAGCUUCCCUUCCCCACCCAGUGACGGCUUCCCCAGCCUAUUUUAAUCAAUGGGACCCUAGUACACUGAGUCGCCGAAUGAAUCGAUUGAAGACGGGAGAUCCAUGGCUGGCGUCUCUCUGGUGAGCAGAAAGGCCCGGACAGCUCAGCUGAGCUCACCUGUUUCAUCACUAGAGUGAAAUCUCCCUUUCUGAUGACGAGCCAAGUCACCUGUUGCCUGUGGGAGCGGGUCAGAGGUCUGGCAAACCCAAGCCCCUGUGCCUUACAUUGGUUGUCACUAAUCCCGGGGGCAUUACACCGGUCCCGAAGGGUUUGCCAGGCCGCCAAGGUUACCUCUUUGGAAGUUUGCAAAGCCAAAGCUCUGGCAUUGAGCAUGUCUUCAGAGAUACUGAUGAAGGAAUGUGAUUCUACCUUGCCCUUUAAAAAAGAUGGAAGUAAAUUUGUGUGUCAGAUUAUGUCUACCAAAAGCAUGUCAUAGUUUUCUUUCCCCAGAUUCCGUUUGGGCUGUUUGUAGCCUUUUACUCAUUUUCUGGCUUUGUGUGUGUGUGUGUGUGUGUGUGUGUGUGUGUGUGUGUGUGUGUGUGUGUGUGUGUGUGUUUCGAGACAGGGUUUCUCUGUGUAGCCCUGACUGUCCUGGAUCUCGCUCUGUAGACCAGGCUGGCUUCGAACUCAGAGAUCCACCUGCCCCUGCCUCCCAAGUGCUGGGAUUAAAGAUGUGCUCCACCACUGCCCGCCCUACACCCAGAUUUUUUUUUUUUUUUGGUUUUUCGAGACAGGGUUUCUCUGUGUAGCUUUGCGCCUUUCCUGGAACUGGCUUGGUAGUCCAGGCUGGCCUCGAACUCACAGAGAUCCGCCUGGCUCUGCCUCCCGAGUGCUGGGAUUAAAGGCGUGCGCCACCACCGCCCGGCGUACACCCAGAUUUUUAAACAAUAAAAUAUCGAGAAGACUGGAGAGACGGCUCAGCAGAGGAUCAGGGCUUGGUUCCUAACACUCAUGACAGUUCACAGCUGUCUGCAACUCCAGUUCCAGAGAGAAGGCCUGUUGCCCUCUGCUGGCUUCUGUGGGCACUGUUUGUACACUGUGGUGUACAAACACACACAGACAAAAACGCCCAUAAACAAAAAUUAAUCAUUAAGAACAAUAGUGUGAAUAUCUUUAUAUCAAGAUUUUUAAACAUGGCUGGGUGUUGGUAUCUGUUAUAAGUCUAGCACUCAGAAGCAGGGGGAUAAAGAAUUCAAAACCAGGCUCUGGUGUAGACCAAGUUUGAAGCCAAUCUGAGCUACAUGAAACUCUGUCUCAAAACCAAUGGGGCUGGAGAGACGGCUGAGCAGUUAGAGUUCCUACUGCUAUUGCGGGGGACAGAGUUUGGCUCCCAGCACUUAUAGAUAGCUCGACAACCACCUGGAACUCCAGCUCUAAGGAAUCCAGUGUUCUCUUCUGCCCUCCAAGGUUACUGACUCUCUUCCCAUACCCAUACAAAGGCACACAAGAAAUUCAAAUCUGGCCAGGCAGUGGUGGUGCACAUCUUUAAUACCAGCACUCGGGAGGCAGAACCAGGCAGAUCUCUGAGUUUGAGGCCAGCCUGGUCUACAGAGCAAGAUCCAGGACAGGCACCAAAACUACAUAGAGAAACCCUGUCUCGAAAAACCAAAAUAAUAAUAAUAAUAAUAAUAAUAAUAAUAAUAAAUAAAAUCUAUUUUAUUGACAUAUAAUUCACACUGUAUGACUCACCCACUAAAAACGUACAGUUGGGCCAGUUAUGGUGGUGCAUGCCUAUAAUCCCAGCACUCAGGAGGCAGAGGCAGGUGGAUCUCUGAGUUUGAGUCCAGCCUGGUCUACAGCGUGUGUUUGAGGGGAGCCAGGGAGACACAGAGAGACCCUGCCUCAAACAAAAAACCCACUUACAGUUGAGUGGCUUUUAGUGUAUUUACAGGUUGUCCAGCCACCACUGCAGUAGUUAGAACAAUCUCAUCCCCAUAAAAAGCAGUGGCUGUUAGAAGUCAUCUCUCCAGCAUCCUACCUCCAGACAGUCACUGUCACCUUCCGUGUCUAUGAAGUCUUGUGUUCAGGGUCUAAUGUCACUGUAAUCCGGCAGCAUGAGCUUCCUUGUUCAUCUUCGGACACGUUGUAAGACAUACAGCUUGAGGGCUGGAGAGAUGGCUCAAUGGUUGAGAGCAUUGAUUGUGUGUGUGUGUGUGUGUGUGUGUGUGUGUGUGUGUGUGUGUGUGUGUGUGCCGUAUAUGCCUGACGGUCAGGCUGACCUCAGUUUUAGCCCAAGGUCAGGCCAGGAUUUGGCAAUAUUUUUUUUCUCGCUUCUCUCUUACUGUUGUCUCUAGGCAUCAGGCACACAUGUAGUACAUAGACAUACAUACAGGCAAAGCAACCAUACACAGAAAUACAUUGGUAAUAACUUAAAAAUCUGCUGGACAUGGUGCCAUACCUUUAACCUCAGCACUUAGGAGGCAGAGGCAGAGGCAGGCAGAGCUCUGAGAGGAAUUUGAGGUCAGCCUUGUCUCUACAGAGUUCCAGGCCAGGCAGGACUACAUAGUGAGACCCAUCUCAGAAAAAGAAAAGGCCCCUCUGCUUGCUUGCUCUGUGCUGUGAGAAAGUCCUGAUUAGUCCAUGGGAAGGAACAUACUAUCUAGCUAGAUGCAGGCUGCUGAUGCCAGCCGGAAGUACAUCAAGACAGAAAAUGGAAGCUGGGCGGUGGUGGCACACACCUUUAAUCCCAGCACUCAGGAGGCAGAGGCAGGUGGAUCUCUAUGAGUCUGAGGCAAGCCUGGUCUACAGAGUGAGUUCUAGGAUAGGAUAAAACAAAACAAAACAAAACAAAAAAAAGAUAGAAAAUGGAACUGCCUGCUCCUUGAUGCAAGGCAGGAUAGACAGUGGUUGAAUGCCUGUGCUGUGCAUUGUUCUACCUCUGUCCUUCAAACCUGUAUAUAAGCUUCUGUGAAAUAAACUUGGGGCUGUCCAGCGUUGACUGGCAAUCCUCUCGA